UAAUUCCCAGCUUCUCAUCACCAAGCUCCAGCAAGCAGUCAAGCAACAACCAGCUAGCUCUAAGCUGCAGCUUCGUCCUUGCUCUCUUCUAGAGCUUCGUCUCGACCACAAAUUAAGCGCACCUCUGCACGUCUCAAACUAAGUCGUACGCCAGCCAUGGGCAGCUUGGACACCAACCCCACCGCCUUCUCUGCCUUCGGCGAUGAGGCCGGCUUCCAGCCCCUCAACCCCGAGGACGUCCGCUCCUACCUCCACAAGACCGUUGACUUCAUCUCCGACUACUACAAGUCCGUCGAGUCCAUGCCCGUGCUCCCCGACGUCAAGCCGGGCUACCUCCAGGAUGAGCUCGGUGCCGCGCCACCCAGUUACUCGGCGCCAUUCGAAGUCACCAUGAAGGAGCUCAAGGCCUCUGUCGUCCCCGGCAUGACGCACUGGGCUAGCCCCAACUUCUUCGCGUUCUUCCCAUCGACGAACAGCGCUGCGGCUAUCGCCGGUGACCUCAUCGCCUCAGCGAUGAACACCGUUGGGUUCACAUGGCAGGCGGCGCCGGCGGCCACCGAGAUGGAGGUGCUGGCGCUAGACUGGCUCGCUCAGCUCCUGCGUCUGCCCACGAGCUUCAUGAACCGCACCAGCGCCGGACGUGGCACCGGUGGUGGUGUCAUCCUCGGGACGACCAGCGAGGCCAUGCUCGUCACGCUCGUCGCGGCCCGUGACGCUGCUCUGCGUCGGAGUGGGUCUGACGGCGUCUCCGGGCUCCCGCGCCUGGCUGUGUACGCCGCCGACCAAACUCACACCACGUUCUUCAAGGCAUGCCGCCUCGCCGGUUUCGAUCCAGCCAACAUCCGGUCCAUCCCCACCGGCCCAGAGACGGACUAUGCUCUCGACCCGACCAAGUUGUUGCAGAUCAUGCAGGCAGACGUUGACGCCGGCCUCGUGCCAACCUACAUAUGUGCGACUGUCGGCACCACAUCGUCCAACGCUGUUGAUCCUGUUGGAGCCAUUGCUGAUGUUGCCGCCCUGUUUAAUGCAUGGGUUCACGUCGACGCUGCCUAUGCCGGUAGCGCGUGCAUCUGCCCUGAGUUCCGGCACCACCUGAACGGCGUGGAGCGCGUGGACUCCAUCAGCAUGAGCCCGCACAAGUGGCUGCUCACGUGCCUAGACUGCACAUGCUUGUGGGUGCGCAACACGCAUCGGCUCACCGACUCGCUGGAGACCAACCCGGAGUACCUCAAGAACGACGCCAGCGAGUCCGGCACCGUCACUGACCUCAAGGACAUGCAGGUCGGCGUCGGCCGCCGCUUCCGCGGGCUCAAGCUCUGGAUGGUCAUGCGCACCUACGGCGCCGCCAAGCUCCAGGAGCACAUCCGUAGCGACGUCGCCAUGGCCAAGAUGUUCGAGGAGUCCGUGCGAGCCGACGACCGGUUCGAGGUGGUGGUGCCGAGGAACUUCGCGCUCGUCUGCUUCAGGAUCAAGCCCCGUGGCGCCAUGACAGAGGGGGACGCCGACGAGGCCAACCGCGACCUCAUGGAGCGCCUGAACAGGACCGGGAAGGCUUACCUGGCGCAUACGGCGGUCGGCAAUAGGUUCGUGCUACGGUUCGCGGUCGGUUCAUCGUUGCAGGAAGAGAGGCAUGUCCGAAGUGCGUGGGAGCUCAUCAAGAAGACGACCACUGAGAUCUUUAAGGAGUAGUAUCAGCAAGUAUAUGCAUACAACAUAUCUAUAAUGCAUGAUGACUUAUUUGUAUAUUGAGAUGUUUGAUUCUUUGUUGUUUUGCCGAAGGGUGGAAUAAAGUUGAUAUUUUUCUUGAAUAAUCGGGUGCCAAUAUGGUUAACCAAGAACAAAGUAUGUAAUUCAUCAGGUACUGUUAAAAGGGAAACAUAGCUAACAUUUG